AUGUUGAUGUGGAUCAUGAUAAAGGCUGCUGCUGUUUCUUGUAUGAGUUUUGAGGUCACUGGGACCUUGGCGUUCACUGUCUUCACUGCCGUGCUGGGUUCCUUCCAGUUUGGAUAUGACAUUGGUGUGAUCAAUGCACCUCAAGAGGUAAUAAUAUCCCAUUAUAGACACGUUUUGGGUGUUCCACUGGAUGACCGAAAAGCUAUUAAUAACUAUGCUAUCAACAGUACGAAGGAACUGCCCACAGUCCCAUCCCUAAGGACUCCAACACCAACUUCUUCGGCUGAGGAAGAGGCUGUGGCAUCUGCCAGCCACAUCAUCAUGUUGUGGUCCCUGUCUGUGUCCAGCUUUGCAGUUGGUGGAAUGUUCGCAUCAUUCUUUGGUGGGUGGCUUGGGGACCGGCUUGGAAGAAUCAAAGCCAUGUUGGUAGCAAACAUUUUCUCAAUAGUUGGAGCUCUCUUGAUGGGGUUUUCGAAAUUGGGACCAUCUCACAUUCUUAUAAUUUCAGGAAGAGGCAUAUCAGGACUUUACUGUGGGCUAAUUUCAGGCUUGGUUCCAAUGUACAUUGGUGAAGUUGCUCCAACCACACUCAGGGGUGCCAUCGGUACUCUUCACCAGCUGGCCAUUGUCACGGGCAUUCUCAUUAGUCAGAUUGUUGGUCUUGACUUUAUCCUGGGCAAUCAGAAGCUGUGGCACAUCCUUCUUGGCCUGUCUGCAGUGCCAGCUGUCCUCCAGUCUCUGAUGCUCUUCUUCUGUCCAGAAAGCCCCAGAUACCUUUACAUUAAGUUGGAUGAGGAAGUCAAAGCAAGUAAAAGCUUGAAAAGACUCAGGGGAGGUGCUGAUGUCACCAAAGACAUCAUUGAGAUGAGAAAAGAAAAGGAAGAAGCAUCAAGUGAGCAGAAAGUCUCCAUACUUCAGCUCUUCACCAAUUCCAGUUACCGACAGCCUAUCCUAGUGGCAUUAAUGCUACACCUGGCUCAGCAAUUUUCUGGAAUCAAUGGGAUCUUUUACUACUCAACUAGCAUUUUUCAGACGGCUGGAAUCAGCCAACCUGUUUAUGCAACCAUUGGAGUUGGUGUCGUCAACACAGUUUUCACUGUUGUCUCUGUAUUCCUUGUGGAGAAGGCAGGGCGACGCUCUCUGUUUCUAAUCGGAAUGAGUGGGAUGUUUCUCUGUGCCAUCUUCAUGUCAGUGGGACUUAUGCUACUGAAUAAACUGGCUUGGAUGAGUUACGUGAGCAUGACAGCCAUCUUCCUUUUUGUCAGUUUCUUUGAAAUUGGGCCAGGCCCCAUCCCCUGGUUCAUAGUGGCUGAGUUUUUCAGUCAAGGACCACGGCCUGCUGCUUUGGCAAUAGCUGCAUUCAGCAACUGGACCUGCAAUUUCAUUGUAGCUCUGUGUUUCCCAUACAUUGCGGACUUCUGUGGACCUUAUGUGUUCUUCCUUUUUGCUGGAGUGGUCCUAGCCUUUACUCUGUUUACAUUUUUCAAAGUUCCAGAAACCAAAGGAAAGUCGUUUGAGGAAAUUGCGGCAGAAUUCCGAAAGAAGAGUGGAUCGGCCCAAGCACCAAAAGCUGCUGUCGAAAUGGAAUUCCUUGGAGCUACAGAGACUGCGUAGAGACAACCUGCUUUUUGAUGUGAACAGAAACAGGAUGGAAGCUGUGUGUUUUUAAAUGACGAUUCUUUUGAGAAUUUUAUAUCUGCAUCUUGAAGUAUUGUUUGAUUUUCUAAAGAGCUUUUAUGGGCUCUGAUUAGAAACGUCAUCAAGUAUUACCAAAGAAAGUAUUUUUUUUUAAGUUAGAGAAUCUAUUUUUGAUGGUAAGACUCUGUAAUUAAGUAAACCAAAAAGUCGAGUUCAUUUCGCUGCACUAAAUGGCAAGUACUGUCCUAAGGUUCCUAGGUCUCUUCUUCAUAACAAGGUUCUCCUGAAAUUGAAGCAGUUUCACUCUAUCAUAUUAUUGCUUCAUUAAACAUGUGACUAGAAGCCUGAAGAUACAAUUAAUAUUUACGUAUUUGAAUGUGAUUAAGUUGGAAUUUUCUUACCCACAGACCUCAUACCAAAGGAGAUAUGGCUGGUGGCAGUAAAGUCCAUGUUAAAAUUAAUACUUUUCCAUUUCUCCCACUCAGCCUUUUUCUUGUGCAUCAGAGUUUGUAUUUUGCUUAAAUUUUUAUUUUUCUGUAUUUUCAUGUGAAAUGGUUUAUUGAAUAUAUUAGAAUAUGUUUAUAAAGAAAAACUUUUAUUUUUGGUAGGUGUACCCAAAUCUUUCAGGACUCAGAAAACACAAAAACAUUUUAGUUCCUUUGAUGACCAAAUGGUUUUUGUAAGAUUAAAUGCUAAAAAGGUUUUAACUGGUCACAUAGCAUGAGUUAUCAAUGAAUAUUAACAUCUGUUAUAAACCUAUGUUAAUUCCUCGCUGGUUCAAUCCUGUCAGCUACAUUUUGUUUUGCCUUUUAAUUGAGCACAGCCUGGUUUUCUGAGCUAUGUUAUAAAAUACACUCAAACAGUGAUAAGUCAGGCAUUUUGUGUACCUCCUCCAACCCUAAAUAAGUCAAAGUAGCCUAACUUAGGGAACUUGAAGUAAAAGAUUGCUCUUUUCGUUAAAAAAUAUUUUCUAAAUUAUUUUGUUUCAAAACAAGUUGAAAAGGUAAGAUUGGAGGAUUCCAGAGGGGGGGGCUCCUGAAACUUUAUGAAUGUUCAGACUUGAUUGAAGUCCCUAUUUAGUUUUCCUGGACAGACUGAGUUCCCUAACAUAACAGAAUCCCUCCCUUUGCCGCUGCCUUCUUUGUCUCAGGGGUGGAGGACGCCAUCUGAGCUGCUCUGCUGCUACUGCUACCAGUUGUGCACCACCUAUGCGCCCGGCCCUGUCACAAGUGCUUUCACCUAUGCAAGCAAAUUGGAAACACACAGAUGAUUAAACACACUUUCACUUACAGUCAGUUUUGCAACUAUGGAAAUACAGUUCUGAUGGAUACCAAAGGCUUAGCGGGGAGCUAAAGUAGCUCCAGGCUGUUUUCCUCACAAAGUGGAGCACUGAAUCAGUCCUUUUUACGUUUGCUUUAAUGUGCAUAAAAGAAAGGCACUUUUUAGAGGUGGAAAAAAAUACUGAACACUUGCUUUGUUUUUUUUUUUUUUGUCAAAGUUGUUUUCCUCUACGUAAUUUGGCAAUAUAAACAACAUGAAGUUAUUUCUUUUCACUUUGACUGAUUUUUAUCUCCUUUGGCCCAAUUUAGGACAAACUAUUUUCACUGAGGAUUUCAGGACACAGUCAAAGUGAGCUUAAAUAGUUCAAUAGACCUUUGUGCUAAAUUGUGAACUCUGCAAAUAAAAGUAGGGACUGAAUAGGGCAGGAGCAGGAAAAUGGCUCUUAUGUGGCUCUGUCUUCUUCAGGAUGCUGGUGGCCUUUGGGAAGCCCAAAGUUGCAAUGAUAAAGAAAGUUAACAUUUUUAUAGGCAACGAAUGUGAUUUAAUCAAAUCACUAUUCCUGAUCUCAUUUACCAAGAGAAUAAAGCAGAAAAGAUUUAAAUAACCCAAAAGACUACUUUUAAGUUCUAAUUAGUUAUUUUGGCUGACCCACAAAUACCAGAAAUUCAGACCCUGAAGUCCUCUGCCUCAGAGAAAUUUAAGCAAUUUACAUGGUUUCCCUUCCAUAAUUUUUUCCUUUCAGAGAUACAAGUGAGUUGAAAAGAAACAUUAAGGUGAAAUAAGAAGCUGCUGGAGGUUUACAUUAGGUCAAAGGAAUGAGCCUAACAUAAUAAAAACUCCUAGGUCUUCAACAGUAUACAUCAUAAUAAAUAAUAAAAUUGGCACUAAUUAACUAGAUUUAAUCCCAGGGAAAUUAGAUGUGAGUUUGGAUACUUAAUUCUCGUAGUGCUCUAUCAUUUUUGCGGAAGUGUUUCCAUACUCUAAUGUCCUUACAAAUGUGAUUUUUCUCUUAGCUUGUUCGAAGCAUGAUUACACUUGGUCUUGCCAUUCAUCUGCUAGUCUAGCUACUGCCCACUGUCAUGACACCAGUCAUAGGGUCUUCUCUAACUUCCUCCUCUCCUCUUUCCUCUCUACAUGAGCACCGUUAUGUGCCCUGAGAUAAAGUAAGAGAAUGCCCUCUCCUCAAGGAGCUCACAGUCUAAUGAGGAGUUCGAGAAGAGCAGGGUAUAAAUGUUUCCAGUGGAAUCUUUUGCCUUCCAUGAACCUCAAUUUGAAGCCCUCUCUUACAAAAUGGGCUCAAUAAUAUUACCUACCUCAGAGAGCUGUUGUGAGGAUUAAAUUUGAAGCACUAAGCAGAGUGCCUGGUAUGAAGGGGGUGCUCAAUUAAUGUUACCUAGAAUUAGUAUUCACAAAAGAUACUGUUAGGAUACUGCAGUAUCAUAUAUAAGAUAGUUCUAAAUUUUUCUUUUGAAUAAAAGGAGUCUUAUAAAUUCAGAUAGUAUUUUCUUACUUCAAGCAACAAUCUCACAACAAAAAGGAAAUGGUAAGAAUCAUGGGAAAUAUUAGGCUAUCUAAUUCCUAAACCCAUACCUGAUAUUUCUAAGUAGGUUAUAAGAAUUUUUAUUGUACUUUUUAAAUCUGCUUUUGCCUAAGUUAUGUUAUUUUUUAAGAGGUCUGUAACAUUAGGUUUUGGAUAAUACUAAGUACAAAGUAAAAUUCUGUAUAUCAUAUUUAAAUGUAAUUUGACAGGAUUAUAAUUAUAAGACAAGACCAAACCUUCUUGAUAAUCCUCAAAAAUUGCAAAAGUGUGUAAACCAGUGUACAGGCAUAGGCUACUUCUUAUUGCUAGCUUACUGUUGCUUCUGUAGCAAAUAAAGCAAGGUUAGGCAAUAUUUUGUGCUUAUGGUGUCCUAAGCAGAGGUGCUAAGUGUAAAAAAUAUAAUUUUCAUUACAAUUCUGUAUCGGUGACCUGAGGAGAAAAGGUUUAUUUCAACCACUCUGAGCCAUCUGCUGGUGUUUUUACUGCUUUCUAAUUUGGUGCACAUUAGAAAGAAUCAUCAUGAAAAGAAACUGGUUUUAGUUAAGAGUAUAUAUACACUAUAGUUUUAUUUCAAUAAAUAUAUUUCCAAAUGCUGGUUGUUUUAUUUUAUAUAGAAAAUAACCACAUUUCAGAAGACUGAUAUUGGUUUACUGUAUAUACUUGUUUCCUUCUCAUAGUAUUUUUCCUAUUCUCAUUUUAAAGAUAACGUGUGAGUUACUUUUUAAACCCAAAUUUUAUUUCCAUCAGGCAGUUGUUUUGAUUAUCGGUAGUAGAAAAAACUAAUCUGAAGGCUAGGUAAGAACAGUUGAAGAGGAAUGAAUGACUCCCUUUGAUGAAAAUAAAAAUAAUUCAGUAAAUAUUUAAUUGAGCUCUUACUAUGAACAAGACACUUUGUUGAAGUUUUGUGAAAGAUACAAAGCUUAGAAAACAUAGUCCCUAUCCUUAAUCAUUUGCUUUCUCAUAAAGGGGAUAAAAUUUGAAAAUAAAUAGUUAUAUAGCAAGGAGAGAAUAGAAAAAGCUUUAAGUUAGCAGUUUUCAAAUAUUUAAGUUGACAUCUAAAAUUUUUCAUCAUAUGUUUAAAUAGCACCAAAGGACAUAAUUUUUAAAAAUAUGGUAUAUAUUGACAUUUAAUAACUGCCAUGCCCUAUUUAUCCAAUGGAAUUUAAAUAUCAUAGUAAUUUGUUACUCACUAUAACCAUUAAAAAUAUAUACACAAAUAUAUUUAUGUAUUUAACAGGUGGAAAUUUUACUGCAUUCUUUUCUAUUCUCAUAGUUUCAUUACAUUUCCCACAAAGAUUUUUAUCCUAAGUAAUAAAUGUAUAUGCUUUAAAAUAUUUUUGAUGAUUCUAUUCUAAGUCUCUACAACAAAAAUAUCUAUACAAUCAUGUGCUGCAUAACAACAUUUCAGUCAACAAUGGAUCACUUAUAUGGUAGUGGUCCCAUACGAUUAGUAGCAUAUAGCCUAGGUGUGUAGUAGGCUAUACUAUCCA